AUGGUGUGCAGCGCGCUGGACCGUCGUAAGAACUUGCUGAAGGCGUGCAGACUUGAGCACGCGGACCGCGCCUCCUUAAAAGACAGCCUGCGCCGGCGAUCCCAGCGCCGCGUACAGGGCGCCGCCGGGAACUACAGUGACGGUUGCUGCUCUGCGUCGUCUUCACUGUUAUUGUUGUUGCUAGGCACCGGACACCGCCACGCAGCAGGAAAGCGUUUGCAGGGCCUUCUCCCCGCCCCCGCUCCGCCUCCACAAACACCAGAACCAUCGGUGCCGCGGACGCCGCCUCCGACCGUGCAGCCCAAGAUGCGCGCCGACGUGGAGGACGUGGAGGAGCACUGCUGGAGGCACAGCCACGUGGUGCUGUCGGAGGCGCUGGUGGCACGCCUGACGGGCGGCGACCAGUUCUCCGCGCUGCGCCAGAAGUUCCAGCAGGAGGACGCCAAGAUGGAGGCGCAGCUCGCCUGCAUGGACGACGCGCACACGCGCCGCCUCGGACUCACACCCAAGGACUUCGACAAGGCCGUCGAGACCGUCAGCUCCCUGAUCUCUGGGGUGGUUCCAGAGGUGUGCCAAUGCCAGCGUCGGCAGCUGCUGAGGAGCUUGCAGCAGCGCCGGCGAGACCCGCUGUGCACCAGGUGGCCCGUGCAGAGGUUCUACGCCUGCGUCCAAGAGGCUCAGCAGCGCAUCCUGCAGAACCCGCCCCACGCCUCCUGACGAUGGUCGGCGCGUCCUCUGCAGACUCGCAGGUCUGCCGCCAGAGGACUCUCCUAGCAGCGGGCGCCUCUGGUGUCUGACCGAGGACGCGAGAGAGGGCAGCACGGAGCGCGGACGAAGCCCUCCUGGCGCUGCGUGCCGUUGUCGCCAAAAUCUUCAUGUUGAUGUGCGUGCUAAGCAAUCAUUCGUGUCACCGAUAGCCCACAAUGUUUCCUGUUAUUCGUGAAAUUUAUGUAAAAAAUUACAGACAUCCGCACUAAACUGACAUCUCAAAUCACUA